GUGCACUUUGAGCUGGUUUCGUCUUGGCGCAAAGCAUCCUUGACAAAGAUUUCCUACGCCGAGCGGAGGUUCAUGGGUAGUUUUGUUCGGACAGUAGAUAAAAAGACGAGAAUCCGACUGAACGCAUUUAAAAAAUUAGUUGGUGUCAUGGGCAACCACCUCUACGUCGAAGAAGGGGAAGUAUCUAGAAAGUCUAACAGUAAGCUAGAGGACUUGUUCGCGAAGCCAGUUUCUCGUCUCGCCAUUGUCAACAAUACCUACUCUAUUCCCCUCGACUCGGCAUGGACAAACAAGAGCGUCUUCUUGACAGAAGCUAGCAUGGAUCAUACCCUCUCACCCGUAAAGUUUUUCUUUCUCUUGACCGACGACCAAGGAAACCCCAAAAUGAUUACCUUUGGGGCGGCGACGGCCCCCAGAUGCGUACGAGAGCCGGCUGUUGUUAGGGACUGGUAUAGGGACUGGUAUAGGGAUGGCGACGGCGACAAGAACAGCAGCAACGGCGGGAUAAACGUGGAUGGUGUAGCUGGUGGUGCCGUUGAGGGCGUUUUGUUGCUCGGGCUUGCGGCAGCGUUGGCUCAGUUCUGCUCGGCCGGCGGAAACAGCGACGCCACCAGCAGAUUCCCCAGGAGCUGCCAAAUGAUAAACUGCGAGGUGGUGCCGAGAACGGUGAGGGCUCCUUUCAGUGAGAAGUCGCAAUCGCCGCCAAAGUCAUACGAGAGACAUGGGAUGAGCGCACGGUGA